CACGUCUCAGAGGGGCGGGUUUGGGGCCAAACCCGGACGCUUGGGUGUCCCCCGGAUGCCUGGGUGCCCCUCUGGACCCCUAAGUGCCCCCCCCCCCCCCCCCCCCCAGGCUCCUGGGUGACCCCAUAAGCUGAUGCUUUGCCCUCCUCUGUCAGGUCUGGACGCUUGUGACAUGUGGCCCUUCAUCUGCCUCCUCUUCCUCAUCCCGGGCUCCCUGUCCACGUGCCCCGCGGUGGUGACGGCUCCAAAGGAGUUGGUGGCCGCGGUGGGUUCUUGCCUCUACAUCUCCUGCCGCUACAACCUGUGCAAAGCGGGGCCGGACGCCCAGAUCAGCGACCUCCGUUGGAUCCACAAACCCAAGUACAACGAAAAGAUGAAGGAUUUCAUGGGCCAGAGCGUGACCCACCUCCGAGGGACCCCAGGAGCCAACGAGGGCAACUGUAGCCUCACCCUGCCCCACAUCCGAGGCGACAACGCCGGCGUCUACGGGCUGCGGUUGGUGGCCGAGCCCGGCCGCCGGACCUUCAAGACGCUGCGGUGGAUACACUAUGUCACCGUCAACGUCACCGACACCCCCCCAGCCCCCCAGCUAUGGCCGGACCCAGCCCCCCUCACCGAAGGCCGCAGGACCACCCUUGGGUGCUGGGUGCCCCCCGCCUGCCCCAACGAGAAUCCCACCCUCGUCUGGGAGGGACCCGCCGCCAAGACACCGAGGGUCGACGUGUACCCCCAGCUCCCCCCGGACAACGUCGCGACCCCCCCGGUUAUCGGCACCGCCUUGGCCUUCGAACCCUCUUGGUACCACGAUGGGACCCACCUCAACUGCAUCCUUCGGGGGUCCGAUGGACAGACCAUCACCCAAACGUUCCGGAAGCUCGAGGUCAACUUUGCCCCGCGGGAUGUGUGGGUGGAGGUGACGCCACCGUCCCCCGUCCGCGAGGGCCAGGACGUGACGCUGAGGUGCCAGGACUCGGCCAAACCCCCGUCCAACAGCUACACGUGGAGCUUGGAGGGCCGGAUCCUGCCCCACUACACGGCCCAGGUCCUCCUGCAGCCCACCAAGGCCACGGACGGUGGCGCCUACAGCUGCCGGGCCACCAACAUCGUGGGGACACACCAGUCACCCCCCACCACCCUUGAGGUCUACUACGCCCCCCGGGAUGUGUGGGUGGAGGUGACGCCACCGUCCCCCGUCCACGAGGGCCGGGAGGUGACGCUGAGGUGCCGGGACUCGGCCAAACCCCCGUCCAACAGCUACACGUGGAGCUUGGAGGGCCGGAUCCUGCCCCACUACACGGCCCAGGUCCUCCUGCAGCCCACCAAGGCCACGGACGGUGGCGCCUACAGCUGCCAGGCCACCAACGGCCUAGGGACAGCCAAGUCCCUCCCUGUCACCCUUGAGGUCUACUACCCUCCCCAAACGGCCACCUUGGAGACCUUGACCCCCCUACCGGCACUCGUGGAUUCCCACAUCACCUUACGCUGUGCCCUUGGCCCCGCCCACCCGGCACCUGUCAUCCAAUGGCUACGCAACGACCGCUGGGAGGUCAACACCCCCGGCCCCACCCUCAGCUUCAGCGCCGACCCCGCCCGCGCCGGCACCUACCGUUGCAUUGGCCAAAAUCCCGCCGGCUCCGCCCGCUCCCCGCCCCUCUCCGUCAUCGUCUGGUACCCCCCCAAGGCCGUACAGGUGCUGCAGAGCCCGGGGGGCCCGGUGGUGGCCGGGAGGGGCCCGGUGCGGCUUCGGUGCCAGGUGGGAGCGGCCGAACCCCCCAAGUUCAAGGUCAGCUGGUUCAAAAACGGGGAGGAGCUGCCCGACCCCGCCCCCAACCUCCUGCUGCCGGGCCCCGAAGCUGCCGACGCCGCCACCUACGUCUGCCAGGCCCGGAACGAGGUGGGGGCCACCCGCAGCCCCCCCGUCACCCUCGACGUCCACUUCGGCCCCCAGGGGGUCGAGCUGGUGCCGGAGCCGGGCCAGCGGGUGCAGGAGGCGACCGACGUCAUCCUACGGUGUCGGGCCGACGCCCGCCCCCCACCCAUGGCCUUCGAGUGGUUUUGGGAUGAGAGACCCCUCGGCCGGACCCCGAAAGGAUUAUGGGUGCUGCAGGCGGUGGGGACCCAGGCGUCCGGGCGGUACCGGUGCCGCGUCACCAAUGACGUCGCCACCGCUGACUCCUCUGAUGUCAUCGUGACCGUCUACUACUCCACCUCCACCAUCCUCCGAAAGACCUUCCUGGGUCUCGGCGUGGGGCUGGGCAUCCUCCUGGUGCUGGGCACCCUUGGGUGCUUCCUCCGCCGCCGGUGGCGGCAGCGGCAGGUGGCAGCCGAUGAGGAACCCGUGGUAGAACCAUCAGGAACCUUCUUCCUUCGUAAUAAAAAGCCCCGGACGCCGGCGUCCCCUCGACCUCCUCGUGGCCCUGAUGACACCAACGCCAUCAGUUACUCAUCGUUGCUGUCACUCCCCGGGUCUGGGUCUGUCCCCAGGCUGCGAGGGGACACUGUUGUCUACACCGUCCUCAAGAGAAACGACGGUGCUGCAAAGGCCGAAGGUCCUGACUAUGAGAACGUCCAACCUGGUCCCAGCAGCAGAGAGAGGGACAGGGAUGGGGACAGGGACGGGGCACUGGUCUACGCUGCCCUGGCCCUGUCCUCCCCGGGGACACCGCGGGGACACGCCGGGGACCUUGGGGACGCUGUUGAGUACACCACCCUGAGGCACUGAGACCUUGGGGACCCCACGCUACGGGGAAGUGGCCACCACGGGGACACCACAAAUGGUCCACCAUGACAUGAGGACUUGGCCACCACGGGGACACCACAAAUUCUCUGCAGUGACAUGAGGGUUGGCCACCGUGGCCACCAUAAAAUGUCACGGUGACACAAGGAUUGGCCACCACGGGGACCCCAUAAAUUCUCCACAGUGACACGAGGAUUGGCCCCCACAGGGCCACCAUAAAACGCCGCAGUGACGUCAGAACAUGGCCACCACAGAAUGUCCGCCAUGACAUGAGGAUUUGCCACCACCAGGACACCAUAAAG